AUGGGUAUGACAACAAACACCAGUUGUGGGACACCUUUAUACGUAGCUCCAGAAAUUUUACGGGGUGAUGAUUAUAGUUUUGGAGUUGACUGGUGGUCUUUGGGAAUAACUAUGUACGAGAUGCUUACAGGCCUAACACCUUUUGACGGCAUGAAGGAUAAUAGGGAAGAGCUCUUCAAAGCUAUCCUUGAAGACCCAAUUUCUAUUCCAGAACACGUAUCAGUUAACGCCACCUCAAUUCUAACAGGAUUCUUAAACAAAGAUCCUAGAGAACGACUGGGGUGGCAUCCAUCAAAUGGAUUUUAUCAAAUUCUAUUCCAUAAAUAUUUCCAAACCGUAGAAUGGAAUUUAGUAAUAAUAUGA